AUGAAGCUCAAUAAUUCAAGGUUUGGGUUCAAUCUCCAGGUUCUAGAAGAAAGACAAGAUUCUAGUGUGUUUCAUGCUUUGGUAGCACCAAGCCACCAACAAGGAGAAUCGCUUCCUGGAAGUUUCCGAGAAAGUAAAGCUAAAUCACCUAAGAACAGUGUGCUACAGAGCUUCAAGAUUGUGAUUUUAUCGAAUAAACUCAAUCUUUUGUUGCCUUUUGGUCCUCUUGCGAUAUUACUUCCACUAUAUAGAAAAUGCCGAGCCAAUCAUUUGGCUUUCAAUCUUGAAACUCCAGAAGAUGAUGAAGAACCUGAGAUUUCCAAGUGGGAAGCUAUCAUUUGGCUUUCAAUCUUGACGGCUUGGGUCUCUCUUCUUUCUGGCUAUCUUGUUGAUGCCAUAGAGGGUGCUCCGGUCUCAUGGAAGAUACCAAUCUCUUUUAUCAGUGUCAUCUUGCUUCCUAUAGUUGGGAAUGCAGCCGAGCAUGCAGGUGCUAUUAUGUUCGCCAUGAAAGAGGAUCUAUCUUUGGGAGUAGCUAUUGGAUCUUCAAUCCAGAUUUCCAUGUUUGCGGAAGGGACAUCGAGCUACUUGAAAUGA